UGGACAGUUCCACGAGUGUAAAAGGAGAAGCAGCCUGAGCUCCUUUUGGACUCGGCGUUGCUCGAGUGAGCAAAAACAAGAUUCUACAUUUUUAAUAAAAGGUUUAUAGUAUUUUUAAAAAGCAUAUAAACCUCAGUAAUACAGAAGUUAAUGUUUUGUUUUGUCUGAGAUGGACCAAGUGGGUGGUACCAUGUGUAGCAGAACUUAGCCUGGACACGUGGUCUGAGAAUGACCAAUCAGGCGCUCCUCCAGGUUUAACUAUGUUAAAUGUCAGAUUGCAAUAAACUAGAAGCUGUUGGUCGGGCCCGCGGAAAUGGGCGAGCAUAAUCUCCUUAAUCCAGGGUUUGUGGGACCUUUGGUAAACAUCCACACUGGAGACACAUUUUACUUUCCGAAUUUUAGAGCCUCAGGGGGACAACUGGCGGGGCUACCGUCUCUCUCGUACCCGAGAAGGGACAACGUUUGCUCCCUCCCGUGGAAUCCUUCGGAGCCGUGCAAUGGAUACUCUCAAUCCUACUUUAGCAGCCCCGUGUCUAUUAACCCUUCCUUCAAUCGGUCGUGUGAAAUUACCAGACCAGAGGAAGGCAAAUGCUAUUACAACAAUGGCAACGGAAAUAGGGAGACCUGUUCAGGUGGCAGCAGUCUCAAACGAGAGGAUAGGGCGAGAGACACAUCAUCCCUAACAUCUGACCACGGGAUGCACAGUGGAAUUGGCAGCACCGCUGCCUUUUCCAAAUACGAUUAUGGGACCGAGCAGCUAACGCAAGACCCGCCAUCCUGUCAGUCAAUGGAGUCCGAUUCCAGCUCCUCUCUGCUCAACGAGGGCAGCAAGCCUUCAUCCAGCGACACACAGACCCUGGUGUCACCGGGAAGCCAUUCCAGCAACAUAGCCGCAGGCGGAGGUGCCCCGUGGUACCCGAUGCACACUCGGACCAGAAAGAAGCGCAAACCUUAUUCCAAACUUCAGCUGGCUGAGCUAGAAGGUGAAUUUAUGCUGAAUGAAUUCAUCACCAGGCAGCGGCGGAGGGAACUCUCCGAUCGUCUGAAUCUCAGCGACCAACAAGUCAAGAUCUGGUUCCAGAACCGCAGGAUGAAGAAGAAGAGACUCAUGCUGAGGGAGCAAGCUUUGGCCUACUUUUAGAGAUGCGGCAGAAGGUGAAUCGAUAGGCAGUAAAAAGAAAAAGAAAAAAAAGAAAAGAAAAAGCCAAGCCUUCUACGCUCCCUUAGGUCUUCUUUCAGUGCAUGCAACCAUCUAUCCAUCUUUUACAUUGCAAGCAAUUAUUACCCUACUUUAUUUUUAAUAUUUUUAUAUCAAAGGUGCGGGUUGCAAAAACCAUAAACAAACCGCUGUCUGGCAUCCAAAGCUAUACACGUCAGUGAGUCUUCAUAUUUUUGCAUAAUCGCACAGAAAAAGCUGUGAGAAUGUAUUUGUGUGCGUGUGUUUGUGUUUUACUUUAUCCCGAUCUGUCAUUAGUGUACGGCGCAAAUGUGUCUUCAGUGUAACAUCUUUUUCGGUUGACAUAUGAUGACGACAUCAGGAUUGUUACCGUUUUAGUCAGAGAAAAUAAGGCGGGAGAGUCGGCGAAUCCUCGAAAUAGGCCUAAAAAUAACACUGAAGUCAGACAGAGAAGCCUGACUGGGGUGAAUCAGUGCAAAAAGAAAUGUCUGAAGUUAUGAAGUGAUAAAGAAGAAUCUCGGUUUCGGUCGCCUUUACCUCCACAUGCCAUAUUUUGCUGGGUAAGAGGAACAACGCCUUUAUCUUGUCUCCAUAGUUUUCGCCACGUUUAUGGGCACGUUCACGGUCACGGGCAGCAGAUCUGGAAGUCUGGGAGUCUGUGUGAGGAGAAGGAGAGAACUAAAACCGCAGUGUGAUUCAUAUCAAUGUUUUUAUGACUGCGCAUUGAAAAUUGAUUGCCAUUACUUUGUUCAUGUGCAAAUAGAUUUCUGAAGGUAUUUUCCUCUCCCCCCCCCCCCUUCUUUUAUUGCCUUUAAACUUGUCUUAACAACAACCACUGAAUCCCGCAUGGGUUGCGUUUCUUUAGUGAGGUCACCGUUAGAGAACGGGUUUGAGCUGCUAUAAAAAGUUUAAGUCCAGACUGUACCAGUGAAAAAAGUGUAUUUUACAAUGAACUAGCGAGGACCUGUAAUGGAGAGAUUCAACAGUACUACAUAACUGUGUUCUAGGCCAACUCGCUUACAGGGAGGGACCCGCCUAAAGUUGCAACAGCGGGAGAAUAAGUUGUUUUGGGGGGAAAGCGCAUUUCAGAAACUCGGUGCUUAUGAUUUUUUUUAAAUCAAUAUGUACAAUUAAAAAAAAUGUAAUCAUAGGCUUAUGUGUGUGCUCCCUUAAUUCAGAGUGAAUGCAGUGCAUUAUCCGUCAUGUGAGUAAGCUAUAGCAGUGAAAUGUUCUCAGCAUGUUAUUGAUGUGAAAUAAUCAUAAGUCAUGUUCUGCAGGACACUUUUUCUGUAGGUGACUUUUAUAUUUUUUCUUCCAAACAAAAGCCAACAAACUAAAACUUUUUGGACUCCAACGUCUUCAAAGAAUGUAUUAUUAUUCUUAUUCUUAUUAUUAUUAUUAGGGAGGGAGGACGGUCUAUUAGACCUAUUAAUGUACUUGCUUUUUGCAAUGUGCUCAGUGUUGUCCCUUUCUUUACCCUGUAUUCGUGUAUAACUUUGUACAAUGAAAUGACAUAUGUUAGUAUUUGCAUCCUAUUUGAGGAGGCCUUAUCGCUAUAUAAUAGGCUAGUGCUUUAUGUUAUUGACCGUCUUGUAACAAUAUCGCAUUCCAUAGGCUAUAGCCUAUUUGUGGUUGUAAGGGCUGGAAAUGUAGGCCAAAAGUGUAUAGUGUCAAGAAUGGUAAGAAACGGUAUGUAGAAUUGUUUAAUUUUUUACAAUUUUUAAAUUUAAUUUUUUUUUUAAAUUUUAUUUUUUAUUUUUUACCAUUCAUGGCAUUUAAAGAAACGACGUUUCAAUGUAAUAGUUGUUUAUUAUCGUUAUUUUAUGUCACUCCGAUUGCAUUCCUUUCUUUGCGCUUGUAAGGAUUGCUACGUUGUCUUGUAAAAGUAAUAAUGAUAUGAAUGUAUAUGCGUAAGGUCUUCAAUAAAACAGAGUAUUG